AAUCACAAGCUUUUACUGAAGCCUUGAUAAGACAGUCGAGCAGUGAGUGGCAAAUGAAUCCAAGCUGGGCGGCAGGCUCUCCAGGGAAUGAAUGGAUUUUUUCCGGCUCCGAUGAAAGAAACACACGCUAUAGGAAAACAAUGUCCAACGGGGGACUGCAAAGAUCUGUCAUCCUGUCAGUGUUUAUUCUCCUACGAGCUGUGACUGGAUUCUCUGGAGAUGGAAGAGCUAUAUGGUCUAAAAAUCCUAAUUUUAGUCCGGUAAAUGAAAGUCAGCUGUUUCUCUAUGACACUUUUCCUAAAAACUUUUUCUGGGGCGUUGGGACUGGAGCAUUUCAAGUGGAAGGGAAUUGGAAGACAGACGGAAAAGGACUCUCUAUAUGGGAUCAUUUCAUCCAUACACACCUUAAAAAUGCCAACAGCACGAAUAGUUCCAGUGACAGUUACAUUUUCCUGGAAAAAGACUUAUCGGCCCUGGAUUUUACAGGAGUUUCUUUUUAUCAGUUUUCAAUUUCCUGGCCAAGACUUUUCCCUGAUGGAAUCGUGGCUGUCGCCAACGCAAAAGGUCUCCAGUACUAUAAUACCCUUAUCGACGCCCUAGUACUUAGAAACAUUGAACCUAUAGUUACUUUAUACCAUUGGGAUUUGCCUUUGGCACUACAAGAAAAAUAUGGGGGGUGGAAAAAUGAAACCAUAAUAGAUAUCUUCAAUGACUAUGCCACAUACUGUUUCCAGAUGUUUGGGGACCGUGUCAAAUAUUGGAUUACAAUUCACAACCCAUAUCUAGUUGCCUGGCAUGGGUAUGGGACAGGUAUUCAUGCCCCUGGAGAGAAGGGAAAUUUAGCAGCUGUCUACGCUGUGGGACACAACCUGAUCAAGGCUCAUUCGAAAGUUUGGCAUAACUACAACAUAAAUUUCCGCCCACAUCAGAAGGGUUGGUUAUCGAUCACGUUGGGAUCCCACUGGAUUGAGCCAAACAGAUCAGAAAACACGAUGGAUAUACUCAAGUGCCAACAAUCCAUGGUUUCUGUGCUGGGGUGGUUUGCCGACCCCAUCCACGGGGACGGCGACUAUCCAGAGGUGAUGAAAAAGAAGUUGCUCUCUAUUCUACCCCUUUUCUCUGAAGCAGAGAAGAAUGAGGUGAGGGGCACAGCUGACUUCUUUGCCUUUUCAUUUGGACCCAACAAUUUCAAGCCCCAGAACACCAUGGCUAAAAUGGGACAAAAUGUGUCACUCAAUUUAAGAGAAGUGCUAAACUGGAUUAAACUGGAAUAUGGCAACCCCCGAAUCUUGAUUGCUGAGAAUGGCUGGUUCACAGAUAGUCACGUGAAAACAGAAGAUACCACAGCCAUCUACAUGAUGAAGAAUUUCCUCAAUCAGGUCCUUCGAGCAAUAAGGUUUGACGAAAUACGAGUGUUUGGUUACACUGCCUGGUCUCUCCUGGAUGGAUUUGAGUGGCAGGAUGCUUACACCACUCGCCGAGGAUUAUUUUAUGUGGAUUUUAAUAGUAAACAAAAAGAAAGAAAACCCAAGUCUUCAGCACGUUACUAUAAACAGAUCAUCCAAGAAAAUGGUUUUACUUUAAAAGAGUCCACACCAGAUGUGCAGGGUCAGUUUCCCUGCGACUUCUCCUGGGGUGUCACUGAAUCUGUCCUCAAGCCCGAGUCGGUGGCUUCCUCGCCCCAGUUCAGCGAUCCUCACCUGUACGUGUGGAAUGUGACCGGCAACAGACUGUUGCACCGAGUGGAAGGAGUGAGGCUGAAAACGCGGCCAGCGCAAUGCACAGAUUUUGUCAGCAUCAAAAGACAACUUGAGAUGUUGGCAAGAAUGAAAGUCACUCACUACAGGUUUGCUCUCGACUGGCCCUCAAUCCUUCCCACUGGCAACCUGUCCUCGGUGAACCGACAAGCUCUGAGGUACUACAGGUGUGUGGUCAGUGAGGGACUGAAGCUCAACAUCGCCCCAAUGGUCACGUUGUACUAUCCGACCCACGCCCACCUAGGCCUCCCCACGCCUCUGCUGCACAGCGGCGGAUGGCUGAACCCAUCCACGGCCCAGGCCUUCCUGGACUACGCCGGGUUGUGCUUCCAGGAGCUGGGGGACCUGGUGAAGCUCUGGAUCACCAUCAACGAGCCCAAUCGGCUGAGUGACAUCUACGGCCGCACUAGUAACGACACCUACAGGGCAGCCCACAACCUGCUGAUGGCCCACGCGCGGGCCUGGCACCUCUACGAUGCGCGGUACCGGCCUGCGCAGCGCGGGGCCGUGUCGCUGUCUCUGCACUCGGACUGGGCGGAACCCGCCAACCCCUACGCGGACUCGCACUGGGAGGCGGCCGAGCGCUUCCUCCAGUUCGAAAUCGCCUGGUUCGCAGACCCCCUCUUCAAGACCGGGGACUACCCGCCGGCCAUGAAGGAGUACAUCGCCUUCAAGAACAGGCAAGGGCUCUCGCGGUCCACGCUGCCUCAGUUCACCGAGGAGGAGAGGAGGCUGGUCAAGGGCGCUGCCGACUUCUACGCCCUGAACCACUUCACCACCAGGUUCGUGAUGCACGCGCGCCAGAACGGCAGCAACUACGACGCCGACAGGGACGUCCAGUUUCUGCAGGACAUCACCUGCCUGAGCUCCCCCAGCCGCCUGGCCGUGAUGCCCUGGGGAGAGCGGAAGGUGCUGAGGUGGAUCCAGAGGAACUAUGGAGAUGUGGAUAUUUACAUUACGGCCAAUGGCAUCGAUGACCAGUCUCUGGAAAAUGAUGAACUCCGAAAAUACUACCUAGAGAAAUACGUUCAGGAGGCUUUAAAAGCAUACCUGAUUGAUAAAGUCAAAAUCAAAGGCUAUUAUGCAUUCAAACUGACUGAAGAAAAAUCUAAACCCAGAUUUGGAUUCUUCACAUCUGAUUUCAAAGCUAAAUCCUCAAUUCACUUUUACAACAAACUGGUCAGUAGCAGUGGCUUCCCUUCUGAGAAGAGUAGUCCGAGAUGCAAUGAGACUCAAAGGAGCACCGAGUGCAUUGUCUGCUUGUUUCUCGUGCAGAAGACACCACUGAUAUUCUUUGGUUGUUGCUUCUUCUCCACCCUGGUUCUACUUUUAGCAAUUACCAUUUUUCAUAAGCGAAAGAGAAGAAAAUUUUGGAAAGCAAAGAACUUACAACACAUACCAUUAAAAAAAGGCCACAAGAGAGUUCUUAGCUAAAUUGAUCCUAUUUCUGUCUGCAAGACAGAAAGUUUAAAAGUUCACUCCAGUUCCAUAUACUGGUAACAAAGAUACACCCAUAUUGUAGAAAGAAGACAAUUUAAGAUAUUAGUGGUAGCCACUGAUGACAUUGGAUCUCUCUGCUGUGAUUCAAAUGAAUUCUCCCUUAGGUGUUGAUGUCAGUGAAUUCAGUUCUUGGAUCUGAAGAUAAAGGCUUCACCUAGACAGUCAGUAAGCUAUGAGGAUUAUCUGAUACACUGCUGCAUGAAGUUUGAUGAGCUGUUUUCCAGCAUUCUUCUCUAGCUUUCUAUAAAUACCCAUAGCUACUUAUGAUAAAAAAAAAUUGUUUUGAAAAAGUACAACUUUGUUUUGUUAGACCCCAUAGUAGAGAUUUAAAUCUCUUAACACUGGAUAGUUAGUGACCUACUCAGUCACUUCUAACAAGGUGCUUCCUCUUUAGGUUACGGUGGUUCUCAAACGGAAAGAAAAAAAACAGUAGGGUAAGCAGUGCUUGUCUAUAUCCAGUUACUGCAUAGACUCUUAAGCAUAUCAAUCCUUUAGUUUUUCUCAAUAGAAACAAGUUAGCAAGUAUUUAUAAAACAUCUAAUUUGUGAGGUCUUUUUAUCAGAUCUUAUUUUUUAAAAAGUAACAUGUAACUUCCAUAACUAAUCUCACAAAAAGAUCAGAGGACUAAGAUUAAAGAGAGCUGGACCCAACUGCCUGUGAAGACAGGGGAAGUCUUAUAACCUCACAGUACAGCAACUUCCUCUCAAGACAAAUUGACAUCAUUCUUCCUCCUGAUUUUUGUGAGGUGACAAGAUCUAGCACACUUACGAAAGCUAAACAUUCUAAAAAGAUGUAAAAAUUUACUUAUUAACAAGUCAUCAAAGGACAGUAUCCUAAGACUUGCCCUCUCCCCUGAGGAGCGUCACAGUUCUGACACACACACAUCUAGGGACCUCUCGAGGUGCAGAACGCAGCCAGGACACCUGGAACUGGCACUGUGACUCUUCAGAUGCAACUCAGAACGCUGAUGAUCUGAAUGACUUAAAACUGUUUCCACAUUGCACCUUUGAAGCUGGGAUUAAGUAAAUUCUGAAGUCUGAAUUUGACUUCCUUGAACUCUGUCCUUCAGAUUUGUUCAGCGUCUUCUAAACGCUGGAGGAAGAAAACUGGAACUCAUUUACACCCAUUCUUUCUUUCUGUUAGCCAACAUUUAAGCAACCACUCAGUAUACACAGUAGCUAGGCACUGUCCACUCUGUCCAAGAACUCACUCUCAAGAGUCAAAGGAAAGCUCUUCUGUUCAAAAAGCCUUGGUAGGAAACUACCCUAAAUUAAGGCAAUGACGGUUGUUUUCCAGGUCCACCUAUGUCAGAAGCCAAAUUUCAUACAUAACUGAGUCAAGUUGAUAAGGAAUAGCAACAAAUAUCAAAGAUACUGUAAAAAGAUAACACAAUUGGUCAAUUCAAAUAAAUACAAGUGAUGAGAAAUCAGUUUGCUAUUUAGCUGCCCAAAUUCAAAUAGUAAAGUUUUGCUCGUUUCUUUUCUUAGCCUAUUCUCUUUGCCCCACUGGACUCUCUCCCCCAAACUUGACAGUUUUUAGGUUAUGCUUUGCCAGGAAUUCUUGGUAUUUUGAGAACCCACUAAGUGGGCCUGAAGCUACACACAAUUACAGUAACUGGUCAAUUAAUGUUACCAUGUGGAAAGACGAUCAUUUAAAAGAAUCACUUGGCUGUGUUUUUUCCUCCUGUGCCACAGAUUCGCUCUGACCCAAGCUCCAGUGAAUAUUCUCAUAGGAAGUUAUCAGUUGAGCCACUCAUCAAUUUUUUAAACUGACACGCAAGAUUUUGAAAAAGAAAUGCAUAUUUAGCCAUAGGAAUAACAAAGAUUUGGAAUUAAACUUAGGUUUUUCCUUUCCUCGUCUCUAGUUUGUGCUUUAAUUAUCUUGUAUUGGUGGUUUACUAGUUCAUUAACCUUCACUAUUUUUGUCUUUACAUUUAGAGCUUACACUUGAAACUUACGUCCUCCUUUUUGAACUUGCCUGACCAUAAACUCACCAAUUACUAAAGUUCCUAACCUAAUGCUUACACAAUCGUUCCCUUUCUGCCGCUUGGGAAUUAUUUUUCUAGUUUUUAAGCCAUCAUCAUACAAGAAUCUUUAGGUAAAUAUUUAAUCGGGCUCAUGAUCACUUAUACUAUUUGGGUUUAUCCUAAACUCACUUAAAAAUCGUAGAGUCAGUUAUAAAGUGUUGAUAGCUUUUGACAGGAUCAAAUCUUCAAAGUUUAAGCUUUUCUGAGACUUGUUGGGAAAAAAAAUCAUCU